AUGUCGUCUCUGUCUGUACCUCCGCCCCAAUGUCUGAGGAAACCACUGGUGGUUCCUGACCGUCGCAUGUUUGGACCAGGACCCUCCAAUGUUCCUCCUCGUAUCAUAGAGGCCGGGGCCAACCCUGUCAUUGGACACAUGCAUCCAGAGAUAUUUGAGAUAAUGAGCAAUAUCAAGAGUGGAAUCCAAUACAUGUUCCAGACUCAGAACAAAAUGACCUUAGCUGUGAGUGGUACCGGCCACACUGCCAUGGAGUGUGCCCUGUUCAAUGCAGUGGAGCCUGGGGAGAGUGUACUGAUGGCUGUCAAUGGGAUCUGGGGAGAGAGAGCUGCAGAUAUGGCCGAGAGGAUAGGUGCCAGAGUAAAUACAAUGGUAGCGCCUCCUGGUGGCUUCUUCACUACUGCAGAAAUAGAACAGGCCUUAUUAAAACACAAACCUGUGCUGUUGUUUGUUGCACAUGGAGAAUCAUCGACAGGAGUUCUUCAUCCUUUAGAUGGCAUCGGGCAGCUGUGUCAUAAGUAUGACUGCCUGUUUCUCGUUGACUCUGUGGCUUCAGUAGGAGGAGCUCCUCUGUGUAUGGACCAGCAAGAGAUAGACAUCCUGUACACUGGUUCUCAAAAAGUUCUGAAUGCCCCUCCGGGUACAGCGCCCAUUUCCUUCAGCGAAAGAGCAUGCCAGAAAAUAUUCAACCGUAAGACGAAGCCUGUGUCUUUCUUCUUGGAUUUGAGUUGGCUUGCAAACUACUGGGGAUGCGAUGACAAACCAUUUCGAGUAUAUCACCACACAGGUCCAGUUUCUGCGUUUUACUCUCUGAGGGAGGGCCUUGCUGUCCUUGCUGAAGAGGGUCUAGAGAACAGCUGGGAAAGACACAAAACAGUUGCAGAGUAUUUCCACGCUGGUCUGGAGAGCAUGGGUCUUAAACUAUUUGUCAAGGAAAAAAAAGCAAGACUGCCUACAGUUACAACUAUUGUCGCUCCUCACGGAUACGACUGGAAAGAGAUUACAACCUACAUUAUGAAGACACAUAAUUUAGAAAUUUCUGGAGGUCUUGGUCCAUCAGUUGGCUUGGUGCUGCGUGUGGGGCUGAUGGGAUGUAACAGCACCAAGGCUAACGUUGACAUGGUGCUGGCAGCUCUGAAAGAUGCUCUGAAGCACUGUCACAAGAGCAAAGUAUGAAAUCAGAGUGAUGCUGAAUGUUGCAAACAUAAUCCUCAGUUAAUGAUUUUGUCCAAAGAAAAUGUAUAAUAAAUAAACCAUAAUUCCCUAUG